AUGGACAAUAAUGGCACCGACUAUGAGUGGGAGGGUGAGGACUAUGCGGUAGAUCUAGAGGAGGUAACUGACUUUACAUUUGACUUUGAGCAGCAGGCCCAGAUGGGGCUGGGUACGGACGAAGACGAGAUCUUUAUUGACGGUCUUAUGGGCGGUGGUAUCGGACCGUGGAAAGUAUCCUUAUCGGCGCAGGCCUUAAAGGACCUCAAGCAGUCGAGGAGUGAGGCCAGCGGGGACUGGGUCCGGCGGUCUGUAGCGAGACCGUUUCCCCCAUGUGGGCGCGAGUUCCGCGUGCGGCUGUUCCAGGCCCUAUACGGAGCUAAUGGACGAAUUCUAUGGCAGGUGGACGUUGGAUAUGAUGACAAGUGCGGCAGCAAUAGUCAGAUUGUUAGAGUGUGGAGCAUCGGCGAUGUCAAGGAGAUCCAGGCGUCGCUCGACGCUGUAGAACGCUCGCAAAAGACAUUUUCUGCCACACGGGUCGAGCGCUGCAAGAGGAAUCUUAUCGAUAAGGCUGCUCGCCUGAAGCUCCCCGUCGUAUUUGAAUCCAGCUCAGAGGAAGAAAACAGAGAAAAUGGCGGGCGAGAGACAGAGCCCGACAGCAGAGAUCCGCCUGAGCAAGAGCGUGUGCCGCAGGAUAUGCUCAUAUCAGGAAGGUUUCAUACCCUCACCGUCAACGUCUUUACAAGUAUUCUUCAAGGGCAGGGCCACUCUGAUUUCCCAUUCGACGUCACUGGCCCUGAAGCUACAAUCAUCAAGCACAAGAACGCGACCUUCAUUCUUGGCCGCAGCGGGACGGGGAAGACGUCAUGCCUCUUGUAUAAGCUCAUGUGCCGCUAUCUGGCGCGGAAUAUAGUGAUGCAGGAAGAGCCAAUACGACAGUUGCUCCUAACCCGCUCCGAACCACUCGCACGAAAGCUCCAGAGUGACGUGAAGCUCCUCAUCGAUACACAACUCUUACGUGUGGCCGAUUAUCCCCAUGUUUAUGGCGAUGUUAUCGGUUAUGAACACGGAAACGGUACCCCCGGCCAGAUCGACAGCAUGGACAUGGACGCCGACACCACCGAAGACCUUUUCUCCUUACGCACCGACAACUUUCCGUUUGUGUGUACAUUUGACCACUUCUUACGAAGGCUUGAGAAUACUAUAACGGCCAAUGACCGAACAAGCAUCUCCCCCCGUCGCCUUAUCGACUAUACCAUCUUCCGCGAGGCCUACUGGCCGCGCUUUCCCCCCAGAUCCAAGGGCCACCUCCAGUCAGACAUGGUCUUCACCGAGAUCAUGGGCGUACUCAAGGGUGGCAGUGCCCCACUGUCUAGGCAGGAGUAUAUCGACACUAGUGCUAGGAUCGCACCGACGUUCACAACGGAGGAGGAUCGCCAGGCGGUUUACACUCUUUUUGAGGGCUAUGAGAAGAGGAAAAGGGCGCAGGACGAGCAGGACGGGAUCGAUAGGGUGCGGAGUGUAAUGAGGGUUUUGGAGCGCAAUCAGGUGGUGAGGGGAAUUCUGCUGGGGAUGUUUGAGGAGGUCUAUAUUGACGAGGUCCAAGAUCAGCGCCCGCUCGAAAUCUCCCUGCUCUUAACAUUGGUCCAGAACCCGCGCGGAAUCCACUUCGCCGGCGACAGCGCCCAAUGCAUCUCGCAAGAUAGCACCUUCCGCUUUGCCAAUCUCAAAGCCCUCUUCUUCAACCACUUUUCGGGCCAUCACUCCACCACCAUCGAUCCCUCCGCGGCGAAAGCAACGCGGUUCACACUCUCGCACAACUUUCGCUCACAUCAAGGGAUACUGAGGCUUGCGUCGUGGGUGAUGGAUAAGCUAUGGAGGGGAUUCCCGGACUGCGUGGAUAAGCUCCCGCCAGAGAUCGGCACGCAUAUGGGGCCCAAGCCUGUCCUCAUUAUCGGACCCUCCCUGAUCUCGUUCCUACAGGGUGCCGCGGGGGGCACGACCGCGGACGAGAUAAGGACGCAGCAGAUCAUCAUCAGUAUGUGCAAUGAGCUGAAGAACCUGUAUGUCGCAAUCACUCGCCCUCGCAGUCGACUAUUCAUUCUGGAGAGCGACCCCGGCUGCAUUCCGGAGCUACUCACAGAGCAUGUGCCGGUGCCGCUCGUGGUUGUGAAGCGUUUCAAGAAUCAAGAUCUACUAGAUCUUUCGCACGAGGUCCGCCAGGGCAGCACCCCCUCCUCUGACCCACAAGUAUCCCAAACAGGAACAACGGGCUCGGGGCGCGGCGCAAUCUUCGACACGGUACGCCCCACCAACACGACCACCGUCCAGCAAUGGAUCGAAACCGGGGAUCAGUGCAUGGAGCGGGGAAUCUUUGACCAGGCCCUCCGCUGCUUCAAGAAUGCCAGGGACCCAGACAAAAUCAAGUUGGCAUCGGCCAGCUUAUCGGAGCAGAGCGGGAAGGAAUGUAGCGCAAAAAGAGAUCUUUUGGGGAUCAAAGUGCACUUCAAGGAGGCUAGUGACAGUUUCCUUGAGUUGGGGAUGAAGGAGAGGGCUGCGGCGUGUCUAGAGGCGAGAGGAGACUUUAUGAAGGCGGCCGAGCUCUACAAGGGGGCGAGGCGGUACGAGAAGGCGGCAAGGCUGUUCAAAAGGGCGGGACAGUAUGAGCGCGCAGCGAACGAGUACCUCAGAUGCGGGAAGUCAUCCAUGGGACUAUUGGCCCUCUACGAAGGGGAACUGUACGACAGACUCAUUUUCGACUUCCACACCCACCGCGACAAAAUACCGGACAAUGACCGACUUACCUAUGCGCGGGAGUGCAACAGAUAUGUACGGCAGAAAGACAAACUCAAGCUCAAUCUCAAAUCCAGGGCAUUAGCCAUGUUCACCUCCGACGAUGAGAAGGAAGCGUUUCUCAAAGAGUUCAAGUACAACAAGGAGCUCGUUGAGUUCUACGUUUGUCGCGGACGCAUCAAGGAGGCACUCCUGCACGCCGUCACGAGCGGCGAUUUUGAUGAUGCGUUGGAGGGUAUGAUUGAGCGCGGGAGGGACAAUAGCGAGGUGGUGAUGGUGGUGAAAGGGGUGGAAAAGGAGGAUAUGCGCCUGGAGGAUGUCUUCAAUUAUGCUCAGACCAAGAGGAUGCUCGCCAACAUGUCCGGAAAAAGAAAGAGCUUGUCUCUCGACUAUAAUGGAAGGCAUGAGGGAAUUGAAUGGGGUCGCAAGUGGGAGGAGUUUGUUGCCGUAGCGGGCGAGUACAUAAUGUCGGGGAUGGAGUUGGAAAGAGGAUGCAUCGAAGAGGAAUGGAUCAGGGAGUAUCUGGACACUAUCGUUUCCGUCCAUAUCGAAUACUUCUUGGGAUUGGCCAAAGAUCUGACCGCCAUCCCCCAUGCCUAUCUCUACGGUCUUGCACAAAAGAUAAAUGAGAUCACUAUCCAAGAUAAUGAGAUCUCUACAUCUACAAAAGACGAUGAGAUGUCUAAAUCUACAAAAGAUCAUGGCAUUUCGCAGGCCAUACUUCUUGCUCUCGGGGUACUGCAUAUCCCGGGUGAGGCCAAGCCUUACAAAGUGCUGGGAUGGUCAUGUUUAAAUUCCCCCCAGCUUGGCAAUAGUGACUUUGAGUACAAGGUAAUGGUCAAGAAGAUUGUGGAAUACCUCACAAAGCGGUUACAGGAUGCUAGUCCGCUGGUCGAGGAGAGAGUGAAAGCCCUGUGGGAGGGAUCAUCAGGGAUGGAGACAAAAUGUGCCGCGUGCAUGGCAAGAGUGGCAUGGGGCGGACCGCAGGUAGAACGGCUAAGCACCAAGUGCUCUCAUAAUCUCGUCACGAAAGCCCAAUUCGAGAAAUCUAUACAGGACCUCAUUAGAAUUCAGUCAUCCUUCGCUACCAUAGGUGAAGGGUAUAAGUUGCUACGGGGCGUCAAAGUCCCCGAGUACCUGCCGCAGCUGAAUGACUACUGGCUUGAUGCUCUUCUGAAGAGGCUGACAUACCACUCCGCAUGCUUUGAGAGUGCCGAGUGUAUUGCGCUUUCGGAAACGGUGGGUGUCGUGGAAGGCUUUGGGACGCAAGGGGACUUUACGCAACUGUUGGAAGGCUAUCAGUUGGGCGUGAACUUGGGCUUGAGACGGAGUGAGCUUGAUGCCCUGAUAAAUAUCCGCCGGGCCGAGAUUGAGACAUAUCAUGGCGGGGUGCAGGGCGCCGGUGGCAGUCAGCAGAGUCACAGUCAGCAAAAGAAGGAGCAUCAAAGUCAGGGAGAUGUCAUAUUCGAGGCUUUCCGACAGUAUCGGACAUUGCACGAGUGGAAGGACGCAUCUCAAUGCUCGAUGGGGAUAUUGCUCAACUGGGUCGAUCGCCUCCUCAUGACCCUGCACGGCAUGCUGCAGACUACAAAGUACUUGUCUUUCCAUCACGCCUCUGUGAUAUCCGUCUUUGAAAGCAUCCUGACUCUCCUCCUGUUCGCCUCCCAACGUACCAAUAUUGUCAUUCCCGCGUCGUGGAGAAGCCUUCAUCUUCCGCUCUGGGCACCAAUACUAAGAGACUGUACCGACAACGAGAUAGACUGCUAUAGGCAGGCGCUGGUUCGGACGAUGUAUCUCUUCUACAACUGGGUAAGUAACGGCUAUGGGAGUGCGCUGCAAGUUGGGUCCCUGCAGAGGCGGUGCUCGGAUCUGUGUUUUGUCGUUCUUGUAAACAUCGGGACAGGGACGGGGUGUCAGGGGCUAUGGGAAAUGGCGCCGGAGGUCCUCACAAACCAAAUCCUGGGCAGAUGGGAACGUCUUCGUACACAACCCCACCAGCUGAUCGAACAGCUCUAUGAGGCCUUCAAACUCUACAAUGGGACCGACAUACUUAUGCUCCAUGUCCCUAAGGGACCCUUGGACAAACGAGCCCUCUACUUGUCCUCCUUCGCCACCGUCCAACAAUUGCCUCCGCGUUUAGAGCACUUGCCGCCCUCCUGGGAUAUCCUCUAUAGCAAAUACCUGAUCGCAUCCUGGUACCGCCGCCAUCGCGAUAUUCGAGCUGAGUACAAAAAGUACACGGAGAGCGCUACCUGGCAAGCAGUAGGCUGCCUACAGGCUCUCUGUAAAAACCGUCUGCCACUGGCAGCAGUGGUGAUGACGGACGGGCUGGCCCUGUACCUGCUACUGCAGGAUCUCUGGCGGAGGAUAGGUGAGGCGGAUGAAAAAGAGAGACAACGCACGGAAAAAAAGGACUUGGUACGAAAUGCGCCCCAUAACAAAGAGGUGAAUGUGGUGUCGGUGAAAUCGGAGCAGAAGUGCGCCAAGGGGUCGAUGGCAGUUGACCAGAUUGCAGAAAGGGUGAAACCAGAGUCGGAGAUAUUGCACGCGAGGUUACAAGAGCGGAAUGCGUUCUUUGACGUAGGUACGACUGUGGAUGUGGCGGCGGGGAGAUGGAGGGAGAGGUGUAGAGAGGAGAUGGCCGCUGCCCGGGAGAUAGAAGUAAUGCUCAAUGACUGGGUAGAUAAGCUUGAUGGAAAGGGAAAAAAGGGUGACGCCAAAAAGGCGGGAAAGGGCCCCAAAAAGCCAGGGGAAAAGGCAACACCCAUACCCCCAGCGCGUGAAGGGAAAGGAGGAACGAAGGGGCAGUUGGCGACUCCGGAAUUACCACAGGGCCAAGUUCAAAAGGACAUAGGUGGAGAGGAGAGGAGCGAGGCGGCAGUGGUGGGUACUGCAGCGAGUAGGAAAACCAAGCGCAAAGCAUGGAAGAAGGAGAAGAAGAAGGUGAAGGUGAAGAAGGAAAAGAAGGAGGAGAAGGAGGAGGAGGAGGAGAAGGAGAAGGGGGAGGAGGAGGAGAAGAAGAAGGAGGAGGAGGAGGAGGAGGAGGAGGAGGAGAAGGAGGAGAAGGAGGGGAAGGAGGAGGAGGAGGAGGGGAAGAAGGGGAAGAAGGGGAAGAAGGAGAAGGAGGGGAAGAAGGAGAAAAAGGAGAAGGAGAAGAAGGAGAAGAAGAAGAAAGAGGGGGAAGGGGGGGGAGAAAGAAGAAAGAUAGAAAGAAGUAGGAGGAAGAAGAGUAGCGGAGGAGAUGGGGGGCGAUGCGCGUUCGUUCAUGUAUGCAACUAUAUGCAUUUAUCAAGCUACGUAAUCUUGAAGGCAAAUAUUGUACUGUGA